AAGCUCUAGAAGUCUUCCUGUUGCUAUAGUUGUGCGUUAGCUGAUCAUGGCAGCAAAGGUAAUGAUAAAGAGGGCUGAUCCAGCAGAGCUCAAGUCCAUUUUCUUGAAGAAAGAAAACCUGAGGAUUAAUUUAAAAAUGCAUCGAGCACUGUAUGGAACUCCUAUAUGCCAGUGUGGAGAAGAAUGGAGAGCACCACAUGUCCCCAGAGGACUUCGUGUCCAAGUUCCUCCAUGCACAAACAGACAUAAGGCUGUCCAAGGAGGCCACCGUUCUACUGGCAGGUGUUCUGGACCAGACCAAAGAUGGGUUGAUCUCCUUCCAGGAGUUUCUGGCGUUUGAGUCGGUGCUGUGUGCUCCGGAUGCUCUCUUCAUGGUCACCUUCCAGCUCUUCGACAAAACUGGAAAUGGCAUUGCCACUUUUGAGGAUGUGAAACAAGUUUUCGGUCAGACCACUAUUCACCAGCACAUCCCCUUUAACUGGAACUCAGAAUUUGUUCAGCUUCACUUUGGCGCGGAGAGGAAGAAACACCUUAACUACGGGGAGUUCACUCAGUUUCUGCUGGAGAUGCAGCUUGAACAUGCCAGACAGGCUUUUGCACAGAGAGACAAGGUCAGGACCGGCGCCGUCACGGCUCUGGACUUCAGGGACAUCAUGGUGACCAUCAGACCCCACAUGCUCACACCAUUUGUGGAGGAAUGCUUAGUUGCAGCAGCCGGUGGCAGUACGUCACAUCAGGUCAGCUUUUCCUACUUUAAUGGCUUCAACUCUCUGCUAAACAACAUGGAGCUCAUUAGGAAGAUCUACACCACCCUGGCAGGCAACCGCAGAGAUGUGGAAGUUACUAAAGAGGAGUUCAUCAUCGCUGCCCAAAGGUUUGGCCAGGUGACCCCUAUGGAAGUGGACAUCCUGUUCCAGCUGGCCGACCUGUCUGAGCCAAGAGGGCGUGUUGGUUUAGUUGACAUUGAGAUGAUUGCACCUCUGGAGGAGGGAGCUCUUCCUUACAACCUCGCUGAGAUUCAAAGACAGCAGUCUGGCGGGGACGCGUCUCGCUCGGUUCUGCUUCAGGCUUCUGAGUCGGCGUACAGGUUCACCCUGGGCUCUGUGGCUGGAGCCGUGGGUGCCACCGCCGUGUACCCCAUCGACCUGGUGAAGACCCGCAUGCAGAACCAGCGUUCUUCAGGAUCCUUCGUGGAUGAGCUGAUGUAUAAGAACAGCAUUGAUUGCUUCAAGAAGGUUGUGCGCUACGAGGGCUUCUUCGGUCUCUACAGAGGCCUCGUACCGCAGCUUCUGGGCGUGGCUCCCGAGAAAGCCAUAAAGCUUACAGUGAACGACUUUGUGAGAGGAAAGACUAUGCAAAAAGAUGGCAGCGUUCCUCUACCUUCUGAAAUCUUGGCUGGCGGAUGUGCUGGGGGAUCUCAGGUGAUCUUCACAAACCCUCUGGAGAUCGUGAAGAUCCGACUGCAGGUGGCAGGAGAAAUCACCACAGGGCCACGCGUCAGCGCUCUCUCCGUCAUCCGUGACCUGGGGUUCUUCGGCCUGUACAAGGGUGCAAAAGCCUGCUUCCUGAGAGACAUCCCCUUCUCGGCCAUCUACUUCCCCUGCUACGCACACAUCAAGGCGGCCCUGAGCGACGGAGACGGGCGAGUGGGUCCUGGCAGGCUGUUGCUGGCAGGGGCGCUGGCGGGCAUGCCUGCCGCAUCCCUGGUGACCCCUGCUGAUGUUAUCAAGACCCGGUUACAAGUGGCUGCCCGUGCAGGUCAGACCACGUACAAUGGACUCAUUGACUGUUUCUGGAAGAUUCUUCAGGAGGAGGGACCUCGUGCCUUCUGGAAAGGAGCUGGAGCACGUGUGUUUCGCUCCUCGCCUCAGUUCGGAGUGACGCUGGUGACCUAUGAGCUGCUGCAGAGGUGGUUUUACGUAGACUUCGGUGGACAAAAACCAGCUGGCGCAGAGCCUACUCCCAAGUCUCGGAUCAGCCUCCCGGCGCCCAAUCCUGACCACAUCGGUGGCUUCAGGUUGGCCGUGGCCACGUUUGCUGGCAUCGAGAGUAAAUUUGGACUGCAUCUACCACGAUUCCGAGCGCCUGACGCCCCCCACGCUUGAGGCAAACGCCUGCACUACGGGGUGACGCUACCCUGCACUGGAACAAACACUUAUGAAUCUCAUAAAACCUUCAGCAGAUCAACUGGAAAGGAUGUUUUAUGUGAUUAUUAAUGCAUAUUACAGCUUUAAAGUAUGGGGAUGAUCUACC